AUGAAAUUCUAUGAUGCUAAAACUGACACGAGUUGCUGCGUUUAUCUAAGAAGGGGAAGGCCGCCGCUAGUUGAUACGUGGGACCAUGCGGUACCUCUGGACAAGUCGAGACAGGCCACGAAACGCAAGUACUGUGGAUUUGUGUCCAGUCGUGGUGGGAUUGCACAAAUGAGGGCCCGUUUGACUGGUGAUGAUCUUACAAUGCAGUUCAAAGGCUGCCCUUACGUGCCUCCAGAGGUGAAAAGUUUGAUGGUGCCGACUUCCAUGAAAAAAAAAAAAUACAAGAAAAAGUUGAAGACUGCGGAUGUGGAGAUUGCCGGGCACAAGUUACGUCUCUUAUGA